UAAAAUUAUCUUAUUUAAUUUCAGACGUUUAAAAUGUCUGGUAAAGUGAAGAACCGCGGGUCCGUCAGUAAUCUUGAGAAUUCGACAACUUCUCUCAAUGAGCGCAUUCUGAAGGUAUCUUAUAUUUCCCAAAUAACGCAAAAAAUGAUCUUCAAAUAUAUACCCAAAAAUAAAAAAUCUGAAUGUUCUACAGGAAACCAUUCUGCCGGAAAGUCCUCGUUCAUAAACUGGUAUAUUGAGGAACAUGUUCAGAGAACAGGGGUAGCCAUAGAAACUCAGGGGUUUAGCUUCAUUACCUCAGGACGUAGGGAGAUGCCUGGUGUGGUAGACUACCUGUCUACCGAGAUAUCUACAUCAAAACAGAAAAAGUUUCCUCUUGUUACCUUCGUGGACUCGCCGGGUUUAGUUGACGGUGACAUGAGCUAUCCGUUUGAUGUGAAUGAAUCAAUUCUAUGGUUGGCUGAACUCUGUGAUAUGGUUUUUGUAUUCUUUGAUCCUAUUGGUCAGGCGCUGUGUAAGCGAACCCUGAAUAUAGUAGAGAAGAUUAGUGAGAAGCAUAGUGAGAGAAUGCGCUUCUAUCUUAGUAAAGCUGACGAAGCAGGUCAUGAGUCUGAUAGACAGAGAGUGAUGAUGCAGAUUGUCCAGGAGUUGUGCAAGCGUCCUGGUUUGAACAGAACCGGUUUCGACAUGCCAACCAUUUAUAUACCAAACCCAACCAAACCAAACAGAUGUGUAAACCAGAUUGAAGAAGUUUGUAGAGAUAUUGAGAAAACAAUCAACCAGACUAUACAGAAUACGUUGAAUACCUUGGAGAAAGAUUGUGAGCGGAUAGGAGAGUUGGUAGAUGAUGCUAUACUAGAGGAUAAUGCUGCUAAAGCUGGAAACUACAGAGCAUAUGUCAAGGGAGGUUUCCUUUAUCUUCUUACGUUCACUCUGCCCCUGGCUCUUAUGCUCAAUCUUGUUGCAAGUUUCUUAUCGGACAAGUUUCUCAAGGAUCUACUUGGAAAAGAUUGCUCUAUUCUGAAUUGCAAAUUGUAUGCUGGUGUAUUCUUGAUAGUGUUGACCCUACUGCUCCUCCUGCUGGCCAGGUUCACGAGUAGGACCAAGACCACCCUCUCCAGGAAGCAGAAGAGGGCUCUCCUCGACAAACAGGAGUAUGUUAGGAACGUUGUAAAAGCUAAAAAGAAAACCCUGUACACGGAAUACCUUCAGCAGACGGUUUCUGAUCACGAUCUAUAAACUAGGCAGAUAAUAAUCAAAUAG